AUGGCUGGAAGGCAGGAGAAGGAUGAAUCACUCUCCUACAAGCAGGAGUUUUUACGUUUCUGUCAGACUACCACCAUUCGUGGUGUCUCCCGUAUUGUCAACUCGCGCAACAAAGGCAUUCGUUCCCUCUGGUUGACCUUUGUCAUCUGUCUCUAUAUAGGCCUCUUCACUUGUAUGAUCCUCCUGGCGAGCCAGUACUUCGACUACGAUGUCAUCCAUCCCCCCAGGGUGCUUCGUGAUACACCCUCACCUUUCCCCUCCCUCACCCUUUGCAAUCUCCGUCCUCUCUCUCCGCCGGGCAUGAAACGAAUCCGACAGCUCCAGUUUCGUGAUCCUCGAGACUUUGCAAAAAAUCUUAAUGAAUUUGCUGCUGGUCUCUACUUCUAUCGUAACAGAUCUCAUGACUAUGAACUCGUGAGUAGCGCCAUUUCCAUGGGUGGAUAUUUAGAGAGUCUUCCCAAAGGCAGUUCCUACUCCCUGGGCCACCUACAGAACGAGACCGUUAUUCAGUGCAUGGUGCUGUAUUUGGAGGGGAGUAGUCGGAUAAUAGAGCCGUGCGAGAAGGUAGGACGCUGGCGUCACUUCUUCCACGCGCUCUACCUCAACUGCCACAGCUUCGACAUCGACCCAAGCAUCAGUCGGCGUGUGCUCACUAUCGAGCUCUUCAGUUACCUUAAUGAGCGCCAUGACGAAGUGGAGUGCCAUGACUGCUUUGCCUCGGAGAUCAAAUCCCAACUUUCCGGCGCUGUGGUUGUGGUACACACAGCUAGCACCUAUCCCGACGUGAACCAGGAGGGCAUCAACCUCCAGCCCGGCACCCUUACUGAAAUUAAAAUUAAGGCCAUUGAGAAUAUCCAAAAGGAGCCGCCCUAUGGUCGUUGUACUCGCGACACUCCCACCGAGAUUCCGGGCCAUGAUAACAUGAGCUAUGCCUACUCGGAGUACGGAUGUCGGAUGUAUACCAUUCAGGUGGGCUAA